AUGUCACUUGGCGUCCUGGUGGUGGCGCUGUUGUCUGCGGCGUCGGCGGUGGACCCAGGGGACAUCAGCACCUGCUCAUCGACGAACGGCACCCAGGUGCCGCACAUCAACAGCGCGAGGACCUGCUCGUCGGUCUCCAUCAUAUCCACGAGCGCCAAGGGCUUCUCCGCCGCCUUCAGCUCGAGCAAAACUGACGUCCUCGUAUCAGCCGCCGGCGCCUGCGGCGACGCCGUCGCCGACGGCGUCGGCGCGAUCUGCCACGGGCUCGACCCGGGCGCCGCCAUCGUCGGCGCCGCCCAAAUCUGCGCCAACGCGCUGGCCGCAGUGUACAGCCACACAGCAUCCGGCGCGGUCACGGCGCCGUCCCUCAAGGCCUUGUUGGACCCCAAGACGUUCACCAGCCUCGCGCCCACAAAAGAGGGUUACUACCAGGCCUGCACGAGCAGCUGCAACAACGCUCAGUCCGCCGCCGAGGCGCUCGCGCAGGGCGCCGCGUGCGGCGCGACCGCCGCGACCGACGGCUGCGCGGCGGUCACUGCGGAGGUCCGGUCGACGGUGUUCGCGCGCACCUUUGCGCGCGUCGCGACCGACGGCUGGUCAAAGUCGUGCGCGCGCGGCUCGUCCGCCGCGCUGACGGGGACGACCACCAUGGCGGCGUCCGCGGCCGCGUCGUUUGCCGGCGCAAUCUCGCGCGUCGCGGCGAAGGCGUGCGCCUCCUGCCCGUCCUGCCGCUGCUCGCCGCUGCCCUCGCUCCCCGGCCUGAACUUCGCCGGCCGCUGGUCGGACGCGUUCUCGACGUUCGCCGCCGGCAAGGUCGGCGUCGCGCGCGCGCUCGCCGGCGCGAGCAGCGCGCUCUGCGCCAACGGCACCAAGGCGACGGCAAACGGCGAGGCGUCGGGGCUGAUGCUGGCGGUCGCCGAGAUGGUGGGCGGCGCGGUGGGCAGCACCAAGGCGAUGGCGUUCAAGCUCGGCGCGGGCGCGACGGCCUGCAGCGGGGCCAACCUGCAGACCGAGCUUGAGGCUAUGAAGGAGGCCAGCAGCAAGGUAAUCGCCGACGCCGGCGCCACCGUCUUCGGCGGCUGGUGCCCCAAAGCAGCCGCCAAGCUCUCCAACGUCCGCGUCCUCACGCGUGACGUCAUCUCCAAGGCGACCAGCAAGUCCGCCGCGGUCUGCGGCGGCGAGCAGCGGCCGAGCUUCUUCGGUUCGUUGCUGCCGCACCCCUUCGGCCAGCCCAAAGACGUGUCUCAGAGGAGCGUCGUCGUGGAUCUGCUGACGUCGCACGCGCCCCUCAGGGAGAGGUUCACGGAGACGCUGACGGAGGCGAAAAAGUGCGGCUGCCCGCCGUCGCUGUGCCUCUUCUGCAAAGCCGCCGACUCGGUGGGCAAGGUCGCGCCGCCGCCCGCGGCGAGGGAGAAGUCGCAGCGCGUCCAGGCUCCGAAGCAGCAGGCGGCUCCUUAG